UUGUUUUGAUUGUGCGGGAAUUUGAAUCGACUGAAAAUGGCCUCUCCGUCGACAUAUUCACGUUAUAGUAGUAAUUCGGACAAUUACUACGAUAUAAAUGACAUUAUUGCUACUCAUGAAAAGGUACCGUGUAAGGUUGAACUGCCACUUCAUAGGCUUGGUUUCCUGAAUCCUGGUUCGGAUGGCGAAAAUAUACGAGUGGGUACGAAAAUGGACCUUCCUUACUGGUUGGUUACCGGACUCCUCGGGCGGCGCAGGCGGCUGGUGAGCGUAGAGCCGCCCAAGUAUUUUCGCAGCUCUUACCGAGAGAUUAUGAGUGCGGAUGCAAACAUUGUUGAUUUACAUAAAAUGGGCCCCUACUACUACGCCUUUGGAACCAAAAUUCUCAGUUUUGAGUUCCCUGAAUCUGAAGACAUUGCCAAGUCAUUGAUUGAGACCUAUAUCAAUCGUUUCCGCAAGGUAAUGGAUGGCUCCCAGAAUGCAUCUCAUGAGGAUAAGAACCGUCUGACAAGCAAGAUGGAUGAAACAGAGAGGUCUAUCUACCGAGCUGGGCAGACUAGUCUUAGGAGUUUCCAGAGCUGGGAGACAAGACAGAUCACAAAGAUAUGUACAUCAGACAUGGUGGCUAACCACAGGAAAAGAAAGCGUGCAGUCAUGGAUGAGGAUGAUCAAUAAAAUAACCUUAACGAGAAUAAAGUUACCUGUAUAGA